UCUAUUUGCAGGGCGGCUGUCGCCAAAUAGCUCCCACCGGGUGAAAACUCCUAAGACUCCUGUCGCAGGGUGGAGGGAGCGGGGAACAAAGGGCAAAGAGGGAAAUGGGCCAGCCUUCUGCAGAGCAGCCCCUCUUCACCCACUGCCACGCGUAUGCCUAGGUGCUCCGUGCUGCCGGCGGCUGAGCAAGAUGCCAUCCGUUACCAUCUACAGUCCGCCUCCGAAGUCAGGACGUGCGCGUAUCUCUGACCUUUCUAUCUCCCUGUCCCUGUCCUCCCAGGAGGGGGCUCGUGUCGCCGCGGCGGAAUCCGGCGGGGGGCUUCGGGUGCGCGCGCCUCUCGCUGCGACGCUUGGCGGACGGGCUGCUCGCGCCUCGUGCGGACGGCCGGUGGCGGCGCGGGAGCGUUGCAGCGGGUCUCCCCGGGGACGGUCGUGGGCUUCCGCGCGUGAAUUGGCUCUCGUCCUUGGAAGUCUCCCGCCCUGCCCAUGCAGUGGGUGUGAGAGGGCUGGGAACCAGGCGCUGUGCGCUGUGAAAAGUCAGGGGAGAGAUACGUGUAUAUCCACAGUUCCUGUGUACAGAAGGGCAAGGAUCACCAUACAAAGUGAAGAAAAGGAGUAAGAACUCAUAAGCAGCAGAAAUCAAAGGCACAAAAAGAAGAGGAAAAUCAGCUAAAUCUAGUUUAUGGCAACAUCAUUCACUGCACUUCUCCAUACCUUUCUGUCACUGCAAGUCAUCCUUGUGUCUGCCAUGUCAUGCCCUGCUGCUUGUUCUUUAGGAAGUGACGUAUCUCCCAGAAAGUAUAGAUUGCAAAUUUAAGGAAAGAGAAAGGAAAGAAAAAUUGGAACAACUUACGUAUAUUUGUAAAAAAAAAAGUUGAAGCGUUCUCUUUUGCAGGAUUUAUCCAGCAUGUCAACCUAUGGAAAGAGGAAAUGGACACUGUGAAUGGGAUCCCUGUUUUUUCUGCCCUUUUGAUGUUGUUGUUCUGAAGAAUACCUGCCUCGGUCUUGGAAACGUGGACUAAGGCUGCCUCUGGUCAUUAUAGAAAUGAGCACACCUUAUGUGCGGAAGCAUUGUGCUGAAUCAUAGUCUGUUGUGAACGUUUCCUUUGCUCAGUCUGGACAGUGACCCUGCAGUUAUUCUGGAAGCAUGCCUUCAUUCCUAAAAAGGGCACUGUAUAUCUCUGUCAGGUGUAAGUUGUCCCACAAAGCUACCGUUUUUUCAUAUCUUUCUCCUUGGACGGAAAAACCACCUCUACACCAUGCAGUUUUCUCAAGGCAGUAUUGCUCCAGGACAUACAAGGAUACAGUGGAUAUGUCGUCGUUUCCGGCGGAAAAUAUUAGAAAUUUUAGCAUAGUAGCCCACGUGGAUCAUGGCAAAAGCACUUUAGCCGAUAGGCUGCUGGAAAUAACAGGAACAAUUGCCAAAACUGACCAUAACAAACAGGUGCUGGAUAAAUUGCAAGUGGAACGGGAAAGAGGAAUCACGGUUAAAGCCCAGACAGCUUCCCUCAUUUAUAACCACGAAGGAACAAACUACCUCUUAAAUCUCAUUGAUACACCUGGUCAUGUGGAUUUUAACUAUGAAGUGUCGCGAUCGUUGUCGGCUUGUCAAGGAGUCUUGCUUGUAGUAGACGCAAAUGAGGGUAUCCAAGCUCAAACGGUAGCAAACUUUUACCUUGCCUUUGAAGCACAACUCUCAAUCAUUCCUGUUAUAAAUAAGAUUGAUCUCAAGAAUGCAAAUCCAGAGAUGGUUGAACAUCAGAUUGAGAAUGCCUUUGAUAUUCCCAAACAAGAUUGCAUUAGAAUUUCAGCUAAACUUGGAACAAAUGUUGAAAGAAUACUUCAGGCAGUUAUUGAAAGGAUUCCUCCGCCAGUGGCUAAUAUUCAUGAGCCCUUGAAAGCAUUGGUGUUUGAUUCUACAUUUGAUACCUACCGAGGGGUGAUUGCCAACAUUGCACUGUUUAAUGGGGAAAUUCAUAAAGGCCAUAAGAUCACAACGGCUCACACUAAGAAGAUUUAUGAAGUUAACGAAGUAGGAAUUCUGACGCCCAAUGAACGGCCAACCCAUAAACUAUACGCUGGCCAGGUUGGCUAUUUGAUUGCUGGAAUGAGAGAGGUUACGGAUGCCCAAAUAGGAGAUACAAUCUAUUUACAUAACCAACCAGUGGAGCCAUUUCCUGGGUUUAAGUCCGCAAAACCCAUGGUCUUUGCAGGAGUGUAUCCAACAGACCAGUCAGAAUAUUCCAGCUUGAAAAGUGCACUAGAGAAACUGACUCUUAACGACUCGAGUGUUACUGUUCAACGUGACAGUAGUCUAGCGCUGGGAGCUGGAUGGAGGUUGGGUUUCCUUGGCCUUUUACAUAUGGAGGUUUUUAAUCAGCGUUUGGAGCAGGAACACAACACAUCAGUCAUUUUGACGGCCCCCACAGUUCCGUACAAGGCGAUUCUUUCUUCCGCAAAAUUGAUAAAGGAACAUAAAAAAGAGGAAAUCACCAUCAUAAAUCCUGCAGAAUUCCCUGAUAAUUCCAUGGUGGCGGAAUAUUUGGAGCCUAUUGUUUUAGGCACUAUUGUAACCCCUAAAGAAUAUAUUGGGGAAAUAUUAGCUCUGUGCCAGACUCGGAGAGCUGUUCAGAAGGACUUGGUGUACAUUGAUGAUCACAGAGUCAUGAUGAUUCACCUCUUUCCACUGAAUGAAAUUGUAGUGGAUUUCUUUGAUGCCCUGAAAUCCCUCUCCUCUGGCUAUGCCAGUUUUGACUAUGAAGAUGCAGGAUACCAGCCUGCGGAUCUUGUCAAAAUGGAUAUUCUUUUAAAUGGGAAAGCUGUAGGAGAACUGAUAACUAUUGUACCUAGAGACAAAGCCUACCACGUUGGUAAACAUAUGUGUGAGCGAUUAAGAGACAUUAUUCCAAGGCAAUUGUUUGAAAUAGCUAUCCAGGCAGCUCUUGGAAACAAAAUAAUUGCGAGAGAAACGCUAAAACCCUUUAGAAAGAAUGUUUUGGCAAAAUGUUAUGGAGGCGAUAUUACAAGGAAGAUGAAACUUUUGAAGAGGCAAGCAGAAGGAAAGAAGAAGAUGAGGAAAAUUGGGAACGUGGAAGUGCCAAAGGACGCUUUUAUAAAAGUUCUCAAGAAGCAGCUUGACAAGUAAUUUAUAGAUAUUGCUUCCAGCUUUUUUAGAAGUCAAGCUGAUGAACUGUUGAACCAGCUGUUUACAAAUUGGGUAUCCCUGUCUUGAAUUUGAUCUCAUCAAUAUUAAUGUGCGGAUUUGACACCGACCUAAUGCGACUCUUCAGUAAAGCGCUGAAGCUGAUGGCAGAACAUUUUACGCCUUAAAAGUCGAAAGCACAGCAUAGCGUCCGAGAGCGUUGCUGACAUCUUUCGAUGCAAUUUCUGAGGGCAGUGCCUUGUGCCAGCGACUUUCAAACCUGUGCCUCCUCAUCUCUUUCCAUGUUUGAUUACAAUCUGGAUAUUGACAUUUGCAAGCUCUCGGCUAUGCUGGGUAAAUAAACUUGCUGUACCAAUAUCGGCUCUUCGGGAUGGGCUUGCUUAGUCUGUGUUUUUUAAAAAUACGUCGAUCUUAGUGUGGACUAUAGAUUGGAUUACCUGCCUUACAGUAUACUGACUUCUCAUCUAUAUUGAUGCCAUUUGUAUAAACUUCAGAAUUUGCAGCAACGGUAUAUUUGAACCGAACUCCACUUCCCCAGCAGAGGAUGUCAAACAGUUGAUGGAUUCCAGGGGCAGAAAUCUGACAAGCUGCUGUAAAUAAAUUGAAGUACUGGAUCUCUGGAGCAACUUUAUAGCAAAAAGAUUCUAUUUCUUGCUGGUAUAUUUUCAUGGUUAUUGCAUAGAGCCGGUAGCAUCGAAUACUGUAACUGUCAGGCCCAGCCCAAGAACAAGGGUGAAACAGUCGAGUUGAGUUCAGUUCCUUUAUUUGCGUAUACCUUAUAGACAGAACCUGGCCAGACUAAAUCUGCACUACAGCAACGAGUGGAUCUACCCUGGGAGAUUUUAGGGAGUGGCUGUCCUGAACCUCUUACUCUUCCCACGCUCCAUCUCCG